ACAGACUGGCAUUCACCUUCAUCAUGAAGGGAAUCAUACUUGCUCUCGUGCUCACCGUUGCGGGGAGUGUGAACUCAGCUCCCCAAUUUCAGGUUGAUGUUGGGAAGACGCUCUUGUACAGCUACAAAGGUGAGGCCCUAACUGGACUGGAAGAUGAGACAUCAGGAAACGCUGGGCUGAAGUUUGCCUUAGAUUUAAAGCUGUAUGGAAUUAACACCAAACGGUUCAGUCUCAUGCUUUCAAAUCCAAAAGUGGAAGACUGUAUUGGGAAAUCAUUUGUUCGUUCUCCCAAGCAAACUCAGGAAUUUGAACAAUGCUGCCAUUUCCCCACUGAAAUUGAAAUGUAUGGCAAGAAUAUUGGGAAGAUUUAUUUUGCAAGAAAUACCCCUAGAUUUUGUAGGAACAUCAUUAGAGGAGUCGUGGGUAUGUUCAAAAUAACAUACAAGGAGGACAAGACGUAUGAAGUACAAGAGAGUGGUAUACAAGGUGACUGUGAUGCUAAGUACACAGUCAAUGAAAAUGGGAAGAGUGAUUGGAUCACCAUUACUAAGAGCAAGAAUUUGAUGAAUUGCAAGAAGAAAGUGGUACAGAAUAUUGGAAUGUCCUAUAUCCAUGCUCUUCCAUUCUGCCCAAUGAAAAACAGGUUGCUUGUAGGAGUUUUGGUAUCAGAACACAAAGUGAAAUUUGAAAAUAAUACUAUUCUUAUUGGAAAAGCCGAAGCAAAUGAACUAUACAAAGUUUCUCCAGGCAGUGACUCUGAGACUCCUGUAAUUCUGAAAGCCACACAAGAGCUGACUCUGACUGGGGUGAAAAUUGAUAAUCCUGAACAGCGGCGGCAGCAGCAGCAGCAACGACAACAACAACAAGCACUCUGGCCACAAGCUCAGGAUGAGGGCCGUGAAAACAUUUAUUAUGAAUUUCCAGACCAGCCCCGGAUGGCAGUUACUGUGAUGGAGACCCGCAACAUUGCAGAACAGGUAGAGAAUGUUUAA